AGCUUUCUCAUUUAUAAAUGGAAAUAGGUUGUUGGGAGGAUCAGAUGAGGUCCAGUGGUGAAAACUAAAUUUCAAAGCAGCCUAUAAAGGCAAAAGAUUAUUAUGGUCAGGUGAUUGCAGAUUGAGGGACCCAUUUCCUCAUUCUAUAAAUUGCAAAACUGAGGGCUUCAAGAGGGGCAGGGGCUUGCCCCAGGUCUUAGCAGUCUGUGAGCAACAGCCGAAGCCCAACCCUCCUGCCUUUGGGCCUGGAGCCCUUCCUUGCACCCCUAGGAUCGGUGUCUUUGUUGGACACAGGCCUAGACAGACUGACUGUACCCUGAGGACCUGGAGGAAUCUCUGUUCCCCAUCCUUCUCUUACUCCACUUCAGCCUGUUGGAGGAGGCCUUUGGUCUGUUGAGAUGACCACCAGAGUCAGGAAGCUGAGAAGGAUCUGGAGGAAGAGAACAGUGUUGCUGGAGCUGUAUAGACCCUGCUUCCCAGGUCCCAGGAAGGUGGCGUCAGCAUCUGCAGCCUCGUUGACGUUGUUGGAGCCUCCGGGGAGGACCCAGGAGAGCCGGACUAGGACCAGGGCCCUUAGUCUCCCCACACUCCCCAUGGAGAAGCCAGAGGCCUCAACAGAGCCCCAAGGGCUUCGGCCAGUCCUGGGCCGUGAGAGUGUCCAGGUGCCCGAUGACCAGGACUUCCGCAGUUUUCGGUCGGAGUGUGAGGCGGACGUGGGCUGGAACCUGACCUACAGCAAGGCCGGCGUGUCUGUGUGGGUGCACGCUGUGGAGAUGGAUCGGACACUGCACAAGAUCAAGUGCCGAAUGGAGUGCCGAGAUGUGCCAGCUGACACACUCUACGACGUCCUCCACGACAUUGAGUACCGAAAGAAGUGGGACAGCAACGUCAUUGAGACUUUCGACAUCGCCCGCUUGACAGUCAAUGCUGACGUGGGCUAUUACUCUUGGAGAUGUCCCAAGCCCCUGAAGAACCGUGAUGUCAUCACCCUCCGCUCCUGGCUCCCCAUGGGCACUGAUUAUAUCAUUAUGAACUACUCAGUCAAACAUCCUAAAUACCCACCUCGGAAAGAUUUGGUCCGAGCUGUGUCCAUCCAGACGGGCUACCUCAUCCAGAGCACGGGGCCUAAGAGCUGCAUCAUCACCUACCUGGCCCAGGUGGACCCCAAAGGCUCCUUACCCAAGUGGGUGGUUAAUAAGUCUUCACAGUUCCUGGCUCCCAAGGCCAUGAAGAAGAUGUACAAGGCGUGCGUUAAGUACCCCGAGUGGAAGCAGAAGCACCAGCCUCACUUCAAGCCCUGGCUGCACCCGGAGCAGAGCCCGCUGCCGAGCCUGGCGCUGUCGGAGCUGUCAGUGCAGCACGCGGACUCGCUGGAGAACAUCGACGAGAGCGCGGUGGCAGAGAGCCGGGAGGAGCGCGUGAGCGGCGCGGGCGGCGAGGGCAGCGACGACGAUACCUCGCUCACCUGAGCGCGGCACGGCGCCUUUGCAAGGACCGAGACGGGCCCUGGGCCGAGCCCCGGGCAGCGGAUCCUCCCGCACAUUCUCCCCUCCCCCACCCCGGCGCCUCUUGGGGGCACUGGGCUCGGGCCCAGGCGGCGCUGCUGCCUGGCUGGACACAGCCCCAAUAAAUGAUCCCACAGCCUCA